AGAAAAGAAAACCUUUUUUUUGGGAUAAAAGGGAAAAUGUUGAAGUGUAUGUAUAAGUGAUGAUAAUUAACUAUCAGAAAAUCAAAUUACAGAAUACAGUCAUUCUAAUGCCAAAGGACGGUUUUUUUUCUAAAAAAAAAUAAAGGGGGGGGAGGAGUAAAUUUUUUUAGAGGACGGGUUUUUUUUUUCUCAAAAGGCUGUUUUUAAUUAUCCAAAAGGCGGGUUUUUUUUUCUCAAAGUUCGUUUUUUUUUUACAAGAUAUAAGAUGACCACUCGUUUUUACUAUGAAGACGGUCAAGGUAGAAUGAUUGAUGAGCAAGGAAACGAUGCUAUAGACUGGGUUGAGAAAGUCACACCUUUCUAUUUAGAAACUUUAACUCGUAUAAGAGAGUACUGUGAAAAGCAAGAAGAUGAACAGUUAUCAUCUCAAGAGGACCUAAAAAAUCUUGAUAUUGAUAUGGAAGAUGUUGUAGCCACAAUUAAAAAGCAAACAAAAAGUUAUCAAAGACACCCUAAUGAGCAAAAGCUUCUAUUUGUAAACUCAAGAAGGAAUAUUUUUGAGAAGCAGACCAAUUUGGUUAAUAGACCAAAAUCACAAUUGGAUGAUAGACAAAAGCUUCACCUUCUCGACUUUUACCACAACUGGUCACAGGCACGAAUCGUUGAUGCAAUGGACUCCCUCACACAAAAACACUCUAAUCUCAGUGUGAAGAAGAGCACUGUCCAUAACUUUCUGAAAACUGAAUGCAGUCUUUCCUUCAAAAAGCUGACAACUCAAACAGUUGCUAAUGCUAGAAAUAAUCCAACCAAAAUCCAAGAUCGCAAGGAUUGGGUUAUUAAGUGCAGUGCAACGGAUAUGAACUAUUUGGAAAAUAAUACGUGUGUUUUUUGUUGAUGAGUCUGGGUUUAAUAUCAACAUGAGGUCACCUAGUUGGAUGGUCAUUGAAAAGGAAAACCAGCUUGUUACAGACACUCAUACCGGCAGAGCUGUUUCUCACACUGUAUUAGGUGCUAUCACGACAAAGUUUGUUGUUUCAAUGGAACUUUGAAAUCCCCAAGAAGAAACUUCAAAACGAAUCAAAAUUGACUUCAGUAAUCGUAAAAGGAAAGCACCAGGUCAAACCGAGAAGCCAACUUCAAAAGGCACUAUCACUAGUCAUUAUGUGAAGUUUCUUGAAAAAACCCAGGAUGAGAUGGAUUGUUUUCCCGAGCUAAAAGGCUACUAUGUUGUAAUGGAUAAUGCACCCAUUCAUACAGCGGGCCAAAUUGAUUAAAUGGUAGCUGCAAGAGGCUACAGGAGUAUCUAUCUUCCUCCUUACUCUCCUGAGCUUAAUCCAAUAGAGCAGUUUUGGUCAAUUGUCAAAAAUAA